GCCGGUCACACUGGUUCGCAAACGACAAGCAAAAGGGAACGCUUAAGGCAAAGCAAACGGUUGAGUUAGUGAGAUCGUGUGCAUGUGUUUAUUAAAACGCAACAAUAAACAACAAAAAACAAAAUACGUUGAUUAUAGUUAUUCAAAUAUAAAAACUGAUCGUUCGUUAUAAAACCUAUUUUUGUGUUGGGCAUAGAAAAGAAAGAGCACUAUUUGGUACAAGCAUACGAAUCAAAAUGCCAUAAAAAAUCAGUUCUUGGAAUUUUUGGGUAACAUAUAUAAAACGGUUUUCUGAGAAUUACCAAUACCAGUGCCAACAAGUGCCUCGUACCCGUGCCCCAGGUAUUUUUUGUCUAUCGAAUAGCAAAGAUGCAAAUCAAUGAUUGCAAACGAACGAAAAUGCAGCAAAUAACAUUUGCUCUCGCUGUAAUCUUUGCCUUCUGCAUGGUGACCCUUAAUGGACAGCAUCCAUCGCCCGGCUGGGUGGUGCCGGAAAAGGCGGAAUUACCCGUUGGCAGCGAUCUAAAUAUCACCUGCACCAUUAAUCAGGCAUUCUUUGAUUCAUCGAAAACAAAUGAAACCUGCAAGGUGAACGAUUUGUAUUUCAAUGCGAAUAUCAAUGGUGUUCAGCGUUAUUACAAUGGCAGCGAUUUGCAAAUUAUCAACGAUACCACCAUAUUAAUGUCCUUUACAAAUAUGUUCGAUCAAGAGGGUGAAUACCUGUGCAUGUGCAAAGAGAUGGGCAUGUUCUCCUCAAAGGUGGAUGUUGGCACCAAGCCAUUACUGGUGCAAGAUUUCAAUUGCACCAGCCACGACUGGGACUAUAUGUUUUGCAACUUUACCGCGCCGCGGAAUAGCAUUAAUCCCAAAUAUAAUGUCAGCUUUACAACGGAUAAAAAUACAAAUUAUCGUUACUAUGUCGAUUGCAACUUCGAUGCGUCGCCUUUGGUCAAUUGCAACAUAACGGGCGAGCAAUAUAAGAAGUUUUCGCAAAUAUAUUUCUUUCGCUUGGACAUUGCUAACACCUUGGGCAAUGCCAGUCAGGAUAUCGAGGUGAAUAAUGUUGAGCGCAUGAUUCUUGCGCGUCCUGGGCAAAAUUUGAAGCUACUCAAUCGGACAAAGGACUCGAUUUGCUUGUCGUGGGAAAUGCCGCGGCGCAGUAACUUCGUUGGUGGCGUCCUUUGGCGUGUCUUUGUCACACCUGAAAACUUUCCCACCUUGGUCCGCCCGAUGUGGCGCAAUAAUUCAUCAGCCGCUAAGGAUACUCUCUGUCUAACUGAACUACCUUAUCCCGGCUACAAUUAUCUCCUGGAGUUGCGCGUGCGCAAUAAUAAGACCAAGUCCCGUUGGAGUCCGCCACUCAAUUAUAAUUUCCGUACAGCUGCCGAGCGACCGGCGAGGCCGCCACGCAUAACCAAUGGCAGCUUCUAUGUCUACUCGUCGGAGUCAUCGCUCACCCUCUACUGGGAGCAGCUGCACAAGCACGAGAUGAAUGGCGAUAACUUUACCUACGUUAUCAGCGAGUAUCGGUGCAAUGAUACAAUCAUCGAUGCCUCCAAGAUUAAGGUGGAUACGAAUUCGGCAACAAUUGACAAUUGGACACGGAAUGCACAUUAUGAGAUCUACAUAAGGAGCAGCAACAAUGUGGGCACAUCUUUGGAGGCGAGUCGACUCUAUAUACCUAGUAUCAGCGGAGAGGAUAUCCGACUACGUGAACCUCUCAAGAUACAGGGUGUCUAUCAUUCGAGCAAUUCCAGCUACACCCUUGGUUGGAAGCCACCAAGGAACAGCUCUGGUUUGAUCGACUAUACGGUCUUCUGGUGCAAUGCAAAGCCGGCACUUUUGUCCAAAUGCAACGGCUCCAUUCACUUCGAGCAUGUCUCUCCAGAUCGGUUGGAAUAUAGCACGGCAACUGGGCAAUCGCCAUCGCUGAAUAUGGCUGUAUCGGCGAACUUUGUUGGCCGGAAUACGGGCAUGCAUUGGGUGACCUGUACAGGCGAUGGCAACGAUGACCUCGCAAAAAUGGAUCCAGCCAUUGAGCAAUUGACUGACACAUCCAUUACCGUCAAAUGGGGCACCGAAGGUGUCUGUGCGGCGAUCUUAAGUGGCUACAAUCUGACUUAUUGCAAGCGAUCGGACGGCAAGCCAGAUAAUUGUACAACCAUGGAGCUGCCCAAAGAUGUGACAUCCCAUAAAAUUGUGAAUCUAGAGCCCUAUACCUUCUAUACUAUUAAGAUGUCCAUGUAUUCACCGAAGCGUGCCAGCAAAUACAGCGAUGAGCUAUUCCAGCGCACAGCCCAAGGUGCACCGACUCCGCCGCGUCAGCUCACUUAUUUCAAUGUGAGCAGCUCGAGUGUGUCGCUCACAUGGAAGCAGCCCAUCAAGGCGAAUGGCAUGCUGGUCGAAUAUCGGGGCACCAUAACCAGUGAUAAUAUUACCGAUCACUUUGUUAUGCACACGCUUACCGCCGAACUGAGCAACAAAGAGACAAACUUUGUAUUAAACAAUUUGACUGCCUAUACGGAAUAUGAGAUUAGUUUGUGUGCAAAGACCAUACUUUAUUCGGAGCCCAGCAAUAAGAUUCGCUUUCGUACAGCAGUUGGAGUGCCCUCGCCGCCGCACGAGCUACAUGUGGAGAACUCACAUUGGAACACGAUCCUGGAGUGGGAGGCACCGUUGCGUCCGGCUGGACGAUUGGAAUUCUAUGAAGUGGUCAUAAUUGAGAGAAAUGCUAAUAAUACGAUAAUUGGCCAACCAUCCAGCUAUGUGAGCGCACGCCCAAAUCUCACCUGUGUGAUGACUACGCCGCUUUGUACGCCGUUGCAUCGUUUCCAUUACAAUGUGCGCGCAGUAAAUGCGGAGCCAUUGGAUCCAAACCUAACAACGCAUAUAGAUAAAACGUAUAUCCGGCGUUCAAUGCAAAGCCAAAAAUGCGAUGCUCAGCCCCCAUUAACGGAUAUCGAAUGGGGCGCCAUACAAAACUAUCUCAAUACGAGUCUCUAUCGUUUGUACAAGUCGGCAUGGACCACCCAUGAGGUUAGCUGUUCGCCGGGUCAGAGCAAUUUGAAGGUGUUCGUUACUUCCGUGGAGGUGGUUACCUCUAUCAUCUUUCUUAGUGCAUUUGCCUACAUGGUUUAUCGUAAGCUAUUGAAAAUGUCCGACAUUGAUCUGGUGCUUCCACCGGGAAUUGAUGAGAAGAAAUCUAUCGAGAUUGGGUCCAGUGGUGGCGGCACUGGUGGUAAUGGCGGCGGUGUUGGCAGCAUUGUCGGCGGCGUCAUUUGUACACGAAUCGAUCUGCCACACUAUUCGCAACACGAUUUGCCGCAAGAUUUUAGUAGUGGCAACGAGAGCUCCAAGUUGCUUUUAGCCAACAGCUCGAGUGGCGGAAUGCUCGAGCAAAGGGAUGCGUAUGAGGAGCGAACGUUGACAACGUUGCCGCCAUGCAGCUAUAUGUCGAUGAGCCAAGGACUGCUGCUCGACGAUGACAGUCAAAUGGGCGCCACGGAGAUGCAGUCAAGCAGCCCAACGAAUCCGAAUCCAAAUCCAAAUGCUGGUGGCUAUAUAAAGCCCACACAAAUGAAGAACUGGUCAACGCCAAGUAGCAUGGCCAACACAUUGCCCAGCACCAAUGGACAGUUGAGUAUGCCUUUAAGUGGCUAUGUACCUGUGCAGGUGCUGCAGUCGCGACCAACACCUGCGCCCGCUGCACCAGCAGUGGGAGCAUCAACGGCAGCACAAACGCCGAUGCACUUGCUCAACACGAGCAACUAUGUGCAGGCUGCCGAUCUACACAAGCUGAAGCCGUUAGCUCCAAUAUGUGGAGUAAAUGGACCAGCUAUGCCGACAACGCCAGCUGCAACGCCGCUGAUGCCCAACGGCUUCGGCUAUACGGCCAUGGAGCAAUUGCAACGGAAUGGCUUAAUCAAGCCCACGGCUGCAGCGGCUGCUGCUGCAGCUUCAGCAACGGCACAACAUUCACAACAAACGCCGCAAACAUUGCAACCAAAUAUUGGUGGAUAUGUGACUCCGCAGGAUCUAAAUGCUUUGGCGCACAAUCGUCAUAUGCUCUAAGGCUAGAGAGGAUCACACACAUAUACAAAAAGAGAGCGAGAGAGAGAGACAGAGAGCAACACAUACACACACACACUCAGAGAGAGAUAGAUAUAGAGAUAGAGAGAGAUUUUUGUGGAUUAGCUGCAUUUGAAACAUGCAGCCAGCUAGCAGCUACUAUUGCCUUCCGUUAACACAUACACACCCACACACACGCAUACCUAGAACGAUUGAGUGAGGGAGAGAGGGAAAGAAACUUUCACAUGAAACUUACACUUGCAAAUCAGCUCAUUUAGCACACAUGCACAUUCGUUUGGUACUUGCCAUUCAUACACACAUCCCACACACACGCGCACACUUAGCCGGGCCACUUGUAUUUAAUAAACUAUUUGUAUACUCUUCCCUUUUUAUACCCUGUUAAUUUGUAACUCUUACGUAUCGACCGCACAUCGAACAUCAUUAUUUUAAAA